CAUAGCCACAGUUAAGUGGAGGCAAAUCGCACGGGCAUACAAUUUUCAGCAGAAGUGUUAGGUCACACUUUCUUGGUUCUGUCCCAUUUCUGCACGUAGACCCUUGCCAUGGAACUAGUUGGUUGUGAAACGUGGGCGAUGUGCAAGGCUCGUCAGACUGAAGAAGCAGUAUUUGCUCACAAAACGUAUAUCGGGAGUUAAAUGACUACAAUAUUGCCACCGCAACUAAUUGGAAUGUAGGCCUUUUAGAAAAUGGUGCGCGUUUAUGUCCGUACUCAGUGACGUCACCUCUAACCGUCGACGAUUAAAUGUGCAGGUGAAAACCGGAAUAAACACAUGACCAAACGCGCGAGGAGGGUGAACGAAAUGAUCUGCCAAUCAUAAUAUCUGAAUGGUAGGAUGAGGAUCCAUUUACGCCUAUGGACAAAUAGCGUGCUAUCGCACUUGACAGACCAUAGCUGCAUCGUCAGGAGGUAGCCUACCAAAUAAUAACGCGAUGUUUCGGUUGUGAUUUAACGUACAGUAUUUCCUCAUCUGUCUUCCCCGCUGGAUGGUCCAUGUUGGAGCCUGGAGCUACUGUAGAUAAGUAGAUUACAGCAAUACAUUAGCAAUAAAACAACAUACGGUGACUUAACAGACACCCGAGAAACUACACAUGAAACGGGUUUUUGCCAUGUCCCGCGGUCGUCGUGUGACAAGAACCGCAGGACAGGAUCGGAUCAAUCCGUUGGGGCAAUGCUAGGAGCUGUGUUAAUAACCUGGCAAGAGGAAUACUUGAUACUCGAAUACGUUUGCUUUCGGAGAAUCGAAUUCGGACAUGGGGCUUGAGUUGUCAUGCGGGGCGGUCCGGACACUGGACCCCCUGAUCGUGGGAGUCUCGGAUAGAUCCCGAUGCUCACGGUCAAAUCAUAGCUUGUGAGGAACGAAAGAAUGCCUGCGGUGACCGGAGAAGCGCCCUUACUGAACGGGGGCAGAAGAGAAGAGAAAAAUCCAGUUUUAACACCCUUUCCUUUCCUUGUCUUUCUGCCUCGUGUUCAGCGUCCCUGUAAACAGUCCCUUCCCGGGUCCCUAUGCCGAGAGUCCCAUUGGAAGUGCCUGCUCCUCACGCUGCUGAUGUUCGGCUGUUUCGCCACGCUGGGAUGGUGCUCUUUUUACCGCGUCACUGUCAUGGCUGCCGAUGAACACGGCCUCUACUACGGCGGCCGCGCCCGCCUCUACCAUGACAGCCCCUGCUCCAACGGCUACGUCUACAUCCCGGUGGCCUUCCUGAUCAUGCUGUACCUGGUCUACCUGGUGGAGUGCUGGCACUGCUUCUCUAAAACAUCCUCUCUGGCCCGGGUGAGGAUUAGCAAGGUGUACAACAGGGUCCAGAGGCUGCAGCAGGCCAUGCCCUGUAUCUGGUGGAAGGCCAUCAGCUAUCACUAUGUGAGACGGACACGGCAGGUGACUCGAUACCGCAAUGGUGACGCUUACACCACCACACAGGUGUACCAUGAGCGGGUCAACACACACACAGCCAGCUCUGAAUUUGACUAUACCCGACAUGGUGUCAAGGACGUAUCCAAGGAGCUUCUUGGCCUUCUGGAGCACCCGGCCGUACGCCUUCGUUUCACCAAGUGUUUCAGCUUUGCCAGUGCCCAUGCCGAGGCUGCCUACCUCACUCAGCGUGCACGCUUCUUCGCAGAGAACGAGGGUCUGGAUGACUACAUGGAGGCACGGGAGGGCAUGCACCUGAAGAACGUGGACUUCCGUGAGCACAUGCUAGCCUUUCCUGACCCGGCGUGGCCGCCCUGGUUCUCUCGCCGGCGCAUGUAUUGGCUGAUCUCAGCCCUGAUGUUGUCCUGGCCACUACGUGUGGUGUCAGAGUACCGUACGGCGUAUGUCCACUAUCAUGUGGAGAAGCUGUUUGGUGAGAACGAGGAAGUCAAUGACAAUGACAGCACUGAGGUGGGCAACUACCGCUCAGGCCAGGAGAAUGGGCAACGCGGUGGCCCCAGAUUACGUGUCAUAUCGAGGGUCAACACGGUAGACAUCACUGAACUGGAGUGGCACAUUCGCUGCAACCAGCAGAUGGUGCCCAGUUACUCCGAGGCGUUGCUGAUGGAUCUGAACACCAACAACACAACAUCUUCGCCCUCUGCGUUUACCGGGGCAACGCGUGUCCCUAUGAGGCGUAACUCUAGCUACGUCCUCCAGAGCUGCCCCCGCUGUCGCAGGUCCACCAGCAGCUCCUCACUCCCCUCGCGAGUCAGGGGGAACGUGGCGAUGGGGGCAGGCUCUUUGACAUAUGGGACAGUGGGAAGGAUGGGAGGAGGAAGGCUAGCCCUCAGCCGCAGUGGAUUCUCUCUGGGCCGUUUGCACACGGUGCGGCAGGCCUGCCUGUUUCACUCCCGGAGCCUUGGUGCAGGGAUGGGGAGUAGAGGGGAUGAAGGUGGUGGGUUUCUGGGACUGGGCCUUCGCCGGGCUAACGAAGAGAGCAGAGGGGUCCUGGAGGGAGAAGGAUUUGAAGAGGAUGAGAAUAGUCUGCAGCUAGAGGAGGAUAGAGAGCAGGAACUAGAGAGAGUGAGGGCUGAGAUCAUGCAGGGAGUGGCCUGUGUGACAGAGAGACCACCAGCUUAUCAGGAAGCUCUCCACUUGCCUGUGUUGAUCGUCCAUGGUGAGGAGAGCUGCCAUGGAGGGGAAGACCUUGACACAGGAUAGUCACUAUGAUUGGCUAGGGUGAUGGAGAGUAGAUAAGCAAAUCUGCUCAGGAUGAUGCAAGAAAUGAAUGAGAGGAGGGCAGAGGAGAGGAAAAUAGGGAAGGAAGAAAAAUAAGUGGUAAUAUGGAAAGGAUUGGAAAGGAGAGGGGUAACGAAGGAGAAAGAAAACAAAUAGAAAAACCCUCGUUUCCAGACCUGCAACAAAGGACUACUGCAAAAUGUGUAGGGAAACCAAACUAUUGUGUCACGGUAGAUUAAAUUACAGCUAUGUAGUUGCUCUUGCUUGAGAGUGUGUAAUAUGUGUAUCCCAUUGUCCACAAUGAACAACAAUCGCUUUGUAUCAUUGUUCAUCAAUGUAUGAAAUGUAUGUUCAUGAAUGUAUGGACGUAUCAAUGAGCUGCUGAGUUAGCGCUUAACAUCAGGAGUAGUAGUAGUCCACCAAUCUAUUAGAUUAAUUCAAGGGGCACUGUAUAUUGUGUAAACUUACAUAACUCCCGGGUGGAGGUGGAGCACAACUCUCAUGCCAAUGAAAUCAAAAAAAUAUUACCAUUACACAAAGAGACGAUAUUAAUCCGAUUUUCUAUUACUUUUAGAUGUAAAACAAAUAAUACAUUUGAUCAAGGCACUGAGGUGAUGCGGCUUAUGUCAUCUACUCAUCUUCCUCUUGAGAUAAUGCAGAUCCAAGCGGCCAACAAUAUUGUCUAUGACAUCACAGAUAUAGUGAAUAAUGUUUUAAGAGGUAAGUGCACAUAUGGGUAUGUUUGAGCAGGGAUGCAGUAGUUGCUAAAAAUCUAGCUACUUUAUGAGAAACUUCAUGAUUUUAUAAAAAUGUCCUUGGCCUAAAAAUGGCCUUGUGACUCCGUCAGCCAAAAAUAUGCAUUUGCCCCCCUCACAGACAACAGGAAUGUGGAGAAAGAAACUCACUUUUUAAACCUAACAUGGAUAUGGGGAACAGGAUGGAAUAUGAUAAGAUAGAGUUAUGGAGAGAGCAAUUGUCCCAUUUUAUGUUGGUAAGAUUAACCCCUUUAUUCAUCCAAAAUGCCUCUUAGCAAUUUGGCCUUAACCACAAUUCUAAAGGGGUUCUCCCCAUGUCUCAGUUCUGCCCACUGUUGUAGUUAUACAUCAUGGUCAAGUAUGGAUAUGAUGCAGUUGAGUACAUAUCCCCCCCCAACCCUCACUCAACUGAUGCCAUUAAGAUGUGAUCGAUGCUCGGAAGCCUUGGGAUCAAAGCCAAAAAGGGUCUUGUAAUUAGGAAUUAGAGCAAAAUUCAUAACACAAUAUUUAUUUCAAGAAAUGUAUUAUCUGUCUUUAUGUAGAUAUUCAAACAACAUGCAGACAGCACAUAGUUGACAUAACACAACUUCACAGAAUUACAGAAAGACACGCCCAUACAAAGACUGAAAGCCAGGCGAAAUAGCAUGUCAGGACUUACACUUCUUUACAUCAGCAUAUUCACAUGUCAUAGUAGGUGCACAUUAUUAAGCACAAAUAGACCAUCUUAAUAACAGGAAAAAGAUUCACGGAUGUGAAUGUGGACCUACUUUUCAAAUAAUGGCCAUGUUAUCAUUCAUAGGUACUGUAUGAAGGUAUUGACAUGGUGACUUGUCCCACCAACACUUUAAAACCACUCCCUAUCUUGAAAAGACUCCUGUGUGUUCCCAUUCUGUUGUGUCUCAUGUGUUACCAAUACACAUUCAAAUUGUUGAGUGUCAAGUACAGUAACUGUUUGAAAUUGCAUUAGGCCUAUAACUGUUAGGUCACGUUGUUGUUACCAGUGAUCUUGUAACUACAUAUUGUAACCAGAUUCAUAAAAUCAUUUUGUAAAGAAGUGUUGGUUUUGGUUCUCGGUACAUCCAUGCAUGUCUGUCUGCAUGCAAGCAAAGUCUCUCUCUCCCUCCUACCCGUAGCUGGUUUUAAAGGGCUAAGCACCCGUCACAUUUCAUAUGACAAAUGAGAGUCUGCACAUCAACUGCAUGGGAAUUUACCAGUAAUUGUUAAGUAGAUGUAAAAAAAACAACAUUUGAGUGAAGAGGAGAGAAGAAACUGCUGCAGCACGUUCCAUUUGCAGGUGUGAAACGUUUCUCACUGUGGUAAGUGGCCCUUCCAAGAAAUGUCUGUAGACAUACACUAUUAGGAGUUUGUAUAAAUCAGAGGAAAAUGUUUAAACACUUACAGCAAAAUGUUGUACUAUGCAGUCAUGUAAGAACGUUGGUAACCACAAUGUAAUUAUAAUCCAAUAACUGCAGGUAGUUACACUGAAAUAUUAUGUUAUAUUGUCACAUGCAAUGUGUUAUGCACACAUUACUUGUUGGCUUCCCUUAUGCUUAUGGAGACAUAGAUGUAAAACAAUAUAUGUUAUUUUGUGGUUCAGAAAGUGCCUGAAUGGUGAAAAUGUGUUGCCUGUUGUUGAUAGCACUGUAGGUGAGAGAUAAGUUCAAUGGUAAGCCACUUGCAGUUGUCUCAGGCUGAUGAAUCAGACUGAUGCUGCCACCAUGAACAUUUCAGUCUUUAUUAACAUUUACAGGAGGGUGGCUAAUAUCUUACCAAGUGGUUUUAAGAUAGUGAAUCAACACUAUCAGUGCAAAUCCAUGUCAGAUGUUUUAUGCUCUGCUUGGUGUUAAUUCCAGACUAGUAUGCGUUUUGUGCUCCAUUUGUUCUGUAAUAUUUCACUUUUCACUUUCCCCCAGUCCAUAAAAUGUCUCAGGAGCAGGUGGAUUCUGAUGUGAGGAACAUGGAGUUCCUGUUGGUGGAGGCAGCACAGCUUAGGACCCCAUGCAAGGCACAGAGCACCCAGUGGGCCCUGGUGAGGUUACCUCAGCUGAGGGAGGAGGGCCAGGGCCUGCAGAUAGAAGCAGCACAGCUAGACAUAUCUAACAUACGCAGGCAGCUGGAGCAGCUCCUGGACACCAAGGCCCCAUUGAAACAAAAGAAAGACAAGCUUGCAAACUCAGCAAGCAAUUUGUAAAGAUGGAGAGAAAGAGAGUGCUUGAAGAAAAGGGCAGAGAGGAGAGGGAUAGAUGAUGGUGAGAGGAGGAAAAGAAUUAUGAAGUGGUUGGGAUUGAAGACUGUAGUUAAUGGCAUUUAUAAAGGUUGUGAUGGAAUGAUUUUUUUUCUCAUAAAAUGAAAAAUUGUAACUCAUUCAAUACUAGAAAAUAACUAGUAAUGAUCUGUACUUAAUUAAUAAUAAUCAAAUAAAGAUUAAGACA